AGGCCGCUCUGUACCUCUCGGUGGGCUUGCAGGGACCCUGUAGCAAAGCCCUGGAUGCUUGCAGCCGGUGCAAGUUUGCAAGCAGCUGGAGAGCGGUGGCUGGAGUCGGGGGGCGGUGGGCGUGGCCACGCUCCCUCCCAGGCAGUCCCGGGAAUGUUCUGAAAAGUAUCCAAAAGUUCUGAGUCGCGCGCGCGCGCGCCAAAAGAAAAGGCACAACCCCCCACCACUCCGGGCGUGGCGUGUCCAGACCUCGCCACUCCAGCUGCACCUCCGGCUACAGCGAACACGUCUCCUGCGCCUCCUCCUCCCGAGCCUCGCUGUCCGUCGGGUUCAUACCUCGCAGCAAUCACCAGGCGAGAGAGGCGGCCAGAGUGCUCGCAUUUCUCCUAGGGGCACCAUGCCCAACGACGAGGCAUUCAGCAAGCCCUCUACACCGUCGGAAGCCCCUCACGCCCCCGGGGCACCGCCGCAGGGCAAAGCCGGGGGGUUUGGCAAAGCGUCUGGGGCGCUAGUGGGGGCGGCCGGCGGUUCGAGCGCCGGGGGUAGCAGCGGCGGAGGCGGCUCCAGCUCCGGGGCGUCGGGCCUGGGUGCCGGGAGCAAGAAGUCCCCACGGCUGCCCAAGUGCGCACGCUGCAGGAACCACGGCUACGCGUCGCCGCUCAAGGGCCACAAGCGCUUCUGCAUGUGGCGGGACUGCCAGUGCAAAAAGUGCAACCUGAUCGCUGAGAGGCAGCGCGUGAUGGCCGCGCAGGUGGCCCUGAGAAGGCAGCAGGCCCAGGAGGAGGAACUGGGCAUCAGCCACCCCAUCCCACUGCCCAGUGCAGCCGAGCUCCUUGUCAAAAGAGAGAACAACGGCAGCAACCCGUGCCUCAUGACUGAGAGCAGUGGCCCCUCUCAGCCACCACCAGCCAGUGUCCCCACCACUGCAGCUUCAGAGGGACGUAUGGUCAUCCAGGAUAUUCCUGCUGUCACCAGCAGAGGGCACGUGGAGAACACACCUGACCUGGUUUCAGACUCCACCUACUACAGCAGCUUCUACCAGCCACCUCUGUUUCCUUACUACAACAAUCUAUACAACUACCCGCAGUACUCCAUGGCCUUGGCUGCUGAUUCUGCUUCUGGGGAGGUGGGAAAUCCCCUCGGGGGAUCCCCUGUGAAGAACAGCCUUCGGGGCCUCCCAGGACCUUAUGUGCCUGGUCAGACAGGAAACCAGUGGCAGAUGAAGAACAUGGAGAACCGCCAUGCAAUGAGCUCCCAGUACAGGAUGCAUUCUUACUACCCGCCUCCCUCUUACCUGGGCCAGAGCGUGCCCCAGUUCUUCACUUUCGAGGAUGCUCCCUCUUACCCGGAAGCCAGGGCGAGCGUAUUCUCGCCGCCCAGCAGUCAAGAUUCUGGCUUGGUUUCCCUCUCCAGCAGCUCUCCUAUUAGUAACGAGAGCACAAAGGCAGUGCUCGAAUGUGAGCCUGUGUCGGAGCCCAGCAGCUUCACAGUCACUCCUGUCAUCGAGGAGGACGAGUGAGCAGUGCCUGCUGCCGAUGGCGGUUCACUUGGAAUAACAGGCUUAUUCCACUUUCCAUGGGGUUUGUUAAUAUUUUGCAUUGACUCAUACUAUCUUAACUGUUGAGAACGUGUUUGGUUUAUAUUCCUUAGAGUUUAGUCCAGAGGCUGUAACACAUUUGUAAUACUUUAGGGUCUGUGACUACCAUCUGCACGAUUUCAGUGUUUUGCUCACAGAGUUUAAAUAAUAGUGUUCAUUUUUUAAAUGACACUGGUUUCAUGUAGUUUUCAAGAAAUAAGAUAAUUCAUUCAAGUGAAGCCAUUUGUGUGCCUCUAAAUGAGUCAUAAUUAGAUGUUACUUUUAGUUUUAAAAUGAAAUCUUAGGUGCCUUAGGGUUUUUUUUUUUUUAAGUAUUUUUUAAAAACUUGCAAAGAUAUAAAUUUAGCCAAGUUACCUGAUGGGUGAGAAAAAAAGAGCAGUCAAAUUAGUGAUUUUUAAGAAGUCUGCUAAAUGGAUAUAUUGUGUGUGUUGCUGUUGGAAAUAGCCCCACCCCAUCCUUCCAAUCCAAAACGUAACUGAAAUACAAUCAGAAACAUUAAAGCCUGUAAAAAAAAAAUUGCUGCGUUUUUGGUAAAGGGUGUAAUUUGAAAACAGUGCAAUUUAAAGUGACCUUAGUGAUGCAGCGUUCCUGAGUGGUGGUGUAGAAUUAGUUCAUCAUACAUUCUUUCCACUACUGGAAAAAAAUGGAUGCAAUUUAGACUGUUGUAACCUUAGGUUGUAAUCUGAUUUGGAAAUAAGUACAUCUUUAAAAGUUACUACAGAUUUGAGUUCAUUAUUUUGUUAAAAAUUGCUAUGCAGUACUUUGUUAUGUAACAGAAGCCAUCCUGAAAUGAAAGUAGUCUAAAAAAAAUUCAUUGUUCUGCUUAGUUGCAGCUGUACCUGAAAUAAAAAUGUUAUUGAUGACUGAA